AUGUUCAGUGAAGUCUCAGACUUAGAGAGCUCCGAGUGCGCAAGCUCUAUUAGAAAAAAGAGGUUUAACUCGCGUCUUCCUCAAUUAGGACUCCUCACUCUCCUAGUGUGGGGCUCGGUAGUGUUUCUCAAAACCUUAAAUUCCACCAUUCAUGGUGAGCCGGGCUUUCGAAGGCUGCCUACAGACUGUCCGCAAGUAACUGAGGAUGGUCUUUUAAAAGUAUCUUUUGAGAAUGUCCGCAACUUCACGUUCAAUCCCACACUUCAGACCGUACAGUGGAUCGGCGGCCUCAACUCCCCAAGCGAGGACAUGGGAUUGUUCUUGAGUGUUGAAAACGGUUCCUACGUGAUAAAGUCAGUGUAUGACCAAGAGUAUUCGCGCUUGCUACUCAAAGGUAAGGAAUUUUCUUACAAAAAUCAAAACUUCACAGUUGAUCACCUUCAAGCUUCACCGAACUUGAACCAGAUGCUAAUUAGGUCAAACACCGUGAAGCACUGGAGGCACUCUACAUUUGGCUCCUACUUUUUGUUUGACACCGAAACGUCGAGUUUCAAUUUCAUUGGUGACAACAUUGCGAAGGCCGAAUGGUCUCCAAAUUCUGUGGAUAUUGCCUACGUGAAAGAAAACGAUUUGUACGUGUAUUCAUCGAAAAAGCACGCCACCGUUAGCAGAGUAACGGACGACGGCAGUGCCCAGGUAUUUAAUGGGAAGCCUGACUGGGUUUACGAGGAAGAGGUCCUUGAGGGUGACUCCGCAAUGUGGUGGUCCCCGGAAGGCGAGUAUUUGGCCUUCUUUAGGAUAAAUGAAACAGAAGUCCAAGAGUUUCCUAUCCCUUAUUUCUCGCAACACGAAGACGACUUGUACCCAGAGGUUCGCCUCAUUAAGUAUCCUAAAAGCGGAAGCCCCAAUCCCUCUGUUAAACUGAUGAUCUACUCUUUGGAAAACGAUAAAACAACAGCUGUUGCCGCUGGGAACGAAUCCUCUUUAAUUACCGAAGUUCUUUGGGUGGGGAGCUCGAAAAUUCUUUGCAAGGCUACAGACCGCUGCUCAGACAUUCUUUCAGUAGUUCUGGCGGACGCAAGAGUUGAAGGGAAACAUGAAGUCUCAAGAAUCGAGUCUUCAGAAGAUAGUUGGUGGGAGAUAACUCACGACACCAUGCAUAUUCCUAAAGACGAGUCCAGGGGAAGAGAGCAAGAUGGGUAUAUAGACUUGGUGCCACAUGAUGGCUAUAACCAUUUAGCGUACUUUUCCCCCACUAACCGGUCGAAACCUUCUUUUUUAACGCGCGGCAGUUGGGAGGUAGUGGAUGGGCCUGCAGGAUUUGAUCAGGACACUAAUGACGUUUAUUUUGUUGCAACCAAGAAAUCGUCAACAGAAAGACACUUGUACCGUGUGAAUUUGCAUAAACCAUAUGAACUCACAGAAAUUACGGACACUUCCAAGGAGGGCCUUUUUUCAGUUUCCUUCUCUUCAGGAAUGAGAUUUGCUCUGCUAUCAUAUCUGGGCCCCGAUACCCCUUACCAAAAGAUACUUGAUUUGAAAUCAACUUCCUCUGACACACAUGCGAGAGGUAACGUCGUCGGCAAAACGCUCUACUACUUAGAGGAAAACGAGGUUUUAAGAAACAGACUACACCAGUAUGCUGUCCCAGAGAAGACUUUUAGGGAAUUAAAUCUUGGCGAGGAUGAAAACGGUCAAGACAUCCUAGUCAACUCAUAUGAAAUAUUACCCAAUGACUUUGACCCUACUUUAAGAAACCAUUAUCCUGUUUUUUUUUACGCGUAUGGAGGCCCCAAUUCUCAGCAGGUAAUAAAAGCGUUUUCCGUAGGAUUUAAUCAAGUUGUCGCCUCUCAACUUGACGCAAUCGUUGUUGUGGUGGAUGGCCGUGGAACAGGCUUCAAAGGAAAACAAUUUAGAUCGUUAGUGCGCGAUAACCUUGGCGAUUUCGAAGCAAGAGACCAGAUAGCAGCUGCGAAACUGUACAGUGAGAAAUCUUUUGUCGAUUCAGAAAAGAUUUCACUCUUUGGGUGGUCGUACGGCGGCUAUCUAACUCUAAAAACGCUCGAAAAAGACGCAGGGCAGACAUUCAAGUACGGCAUGUCCGUUGCUCCCGUGACGGAUUGGCGGCUUUACGAUUCAGUUUACACCGAGAGGUACAUGCACACACCCCAGGACAACAUGUCUGGGUACAACAGGUCCAAGGUGCAUAACGCAACCGCGCUCGGACGGAGUAGGCGGUUCCUUCUAAUGCAUGGCUCCGGGGAUGACAACGUACACUUUCAGAACUCACUAAGGUUUUUGGACUUGCUAGACCUUGCGAAUGUCGAGAAUUAUGACAUGCAUGUUUUCCCUGACUCUGAUCACAGCAUCCGCUACCAUAAUGCAAACACAAUAGUUUAUGAUAAGCUUUUAAGUUGGGCCCGCCAGGCGUUCAAUGGUGACUUUGUCACUGGCUUCUACUGA